AUGGACAACAUGCGCGAUAUCGCCGCAGGCGCAAUGUCGCUCGUCUCAUGGAAGACACUUGCAUUGGUGCUGGCGUUCCUUAAUCUCAAGAACCUUCCGUUCGUGUGGCAUGUAGGUGUUCGCGCCCGGGCGCUCAGGGGGCUAUUCGAAUUAACUUCUCUGCGCACGCAGGGAGCACUCCGCGUUCUGUAUUACUUCUUAGUCAACUUGCGUCUUAAACCAACUGUGCCGGUUUUCCCCAAGGGAACGGCGAUUGUGGAUGUACAGGGCAAACCGACUCAUCCAGUCUUCGUAUCAAGCAUGGUCACCUCGCGGACACCACUGCUUGAGACCGAUUACAAUUUGCACAAAUCCAACAGCACCUAUUUCUCCGACUUGGAUAUCUCACGUACAUCACUCGUGACCCGCCUCUACAGCCCUGGUGUAGGCUUAGUGAGCAAGGAGCUAGAUGAAGAGUUCCUCGCCGCAAGCAAAAAGGAUGGCAAGCCUGCUCCAAAACGCAAGCAUGUAUCCAUUGUGCUUGGGUCGGUGUACUGCACAUUCAAGCGCGAGAUCAAGCCUUUUGAGUUGUAUGAAAUGCACUCCAAGAUCAUCUCCUGGGAUAAGAAGUGGUUGUACGUUUUGACCUGUUUCAUGAGACCUGCCCGCCGUGGGGGUGAAAAGAUUGUGCUUGCGGUUGCCGUGAGCAAGUACGUGACCAAGAAGGGUCGAUUGACUGUUUCGCCGGAGAGGAUUCUACGUGCCAGCGGACUUCUUCCCACGCCGCCCAAACGCGAGGCCAACGCCGAUUUAACCGACUCCGCCGAAGCUUCUGGUGUCGACACCCCCGGAGGCGGCGAUGGUAUCACGGCAACGGGUGUUGAUGAGUCGUUGGUCCGGGAAGUGUUGAAAAUAAAUGCCGAUCAGAUUGCCGGGCGAGAGACCCUUGAGAAACAGCAGAAGGAUAACAAUGCUUCGUGGAAUUCGGAGGAAUGGACAUGGGAGCGCAUUGAACAGGAAAGGUUGCGGGGCCUGAAAGUUGUGGAUGGCUAUAUAGAUCUCGACACUAGGCUGUAUGAUGAAUGGGUGCAAUAG